UUCCGCUUUCGGUCCGUGCCCUUGGGGCUCCGUGUCCUGUGGGCCCUUCCCCGGCUGCCGGGUCUGCAUCCGGGAAAAAUGGCGGCCGCUGCGGCCAGGGUCUGGUGGCGAGGGCUCGUGGGGGCCAGAGCGGUGGCCGGGGGGGCUGGGCGACCCUCGGCGUUGUUGCAGUGGGUGAGGACGGAGAGCGCCGCGGCCGACUCGCGCCCCACUGUUAGGCCGAAAGAUGCGGUGACCCAUAAGCAGCUCUCAGCUUUUGGCGAGUAUGUGGCUGAAAUCCUGCCCAAGUAUGUCCAGCAAGUUCAGGUGACUUGCUUCAAUGAGCUAGAGGUCUGUAUCCAUCCUGACGGCGUCAUCCCGGUGCUCACCUUCCUCAAGGAUCACUCCAAUGCACAGUUCAAAUCCUUGGCUGACUUGACAGCAGUGGACAUCCCAACUCGGCAGAAUCGUUUUGAGAUAGUCUACAACCUGCUAUCCCUACGCUUCAACUCUCGGAUCCGUGUAAAGACCUACACAGAUGAGCUGACACCCAUUGAGUCCUCAGUCUCGGUGUUCAAGGCAUCCAUCUGGUAUGAGAGGGAGGUCUGGGACAUGUUUGGAGUCUUCUUUACUAACCACCCUGACCUGAGGCGGAUCCUGACGGAUUAUGGCUUUGAGGGACAUCCGUUCCGGAAGGACUUCCCCCUGUCUGGCUAUGUUGAGUUGCGCUAUGAUGAGGAGGUGAAGCGUGUGGUGGCCGAGCCAGUGGAGCUGGCCCAGGAGUUCCGCAAGUUCGACCUGAACAGCCCGUGGGAGACUUUCCCUGCCUACCGCCAGCCCCCUGCAAGUCCCCAGCUCCAAGCCGGAGACCAGAAGAAGCCUGAAGCCAAGUAACUCUCGUGAGGCAUGUGGAUCCUGGAGAGCACCCUGCCUGCCCAUGAUGGAGUCUGUAAAUAAAUUCCUACCUAGA